AUGUCCAAUGAUCGCCCUGAGCUGAUUUCCUACCUGGGAUGGCUUGACAAAGGCAAAUAUGUCUUGUCCCCUCUCUAUCGAGACACGCUAGACCUUUCUCCAAUCAGCGCCGCAAUGGCCGCAGCCAACGCCCAACAGCUCCUAAACUCUUCAUGGACAUUGCAUCGUCUUUCGCCCCUGCAUCAUGAGAAGGAAUUCCACACCGUUCUCGAUAACCCUGCCGCACUAAAAGCCUACGCGGCUCGUCUGCGCGAUCAAAUCACUGGAAAUGCAUUCGCCGGGUUGCAGAGCGCCGGGACAGGCACCGACGAUGACGCCCUGUCUCGGACAGGCGCCCUCACAAACUGCACCUGGGAGUUGAUGCCGACGCUCUCGCUGCUCGACCCGGGACAGCCGCCGGCCAGUACACCGGAUGGAUAUCUGUGGCGCUCUUCUGGAAUCCUCGUGGUCCUGGAGUACGAAAACGCCGUCUACAAGGCUGCGCUCCUCGCUCCGCCGGAGGACGAGUCCCGCGCGCGAAGAGAAACAAGCGCUACGACCUACUUGCCGCUGCUGCUGACACGGCUCCCCAACCCGCUGCGUCAGACAUUCAUCACCUUCCUCGCGGCCAACUUCGACACAUACUGCUCUGUCCUCCGUCUGCCGUCCCAUAUCAUGUGCGCCUGUCUGGAGACGUACGUCACCCGCCUGGCCGCCAAGCAUGACGAGACUAUCCUCCAGAACGUCGUGAAAGAGCUUCAGCUGACGCUCGCGUUUUCGCCGUCCGUUGCCCCCGCGCUGAGGACGCUCAACGUCAACAUCCCGCGCGCCUCUCUGGCGAGCUUUGUUCGGCCCGAGAACCCGUCUGGUGCCGUCCUCUCCGGUCUCUCUGCCUACAUGGCGAAGCAUUUGGCCAUGAAGUUGGACUUUUCUGCUACCCCCGUCUCCCGUAACACCCCCGAGGGUGAGCAUAUUAGACUCACGAAGAUCGCGUGUGGAGGUUUUGUUCUGGCCAGCGAGGGCAGACUGAAACUAGUUACAAAUACGAAAUCUCAGCGUCCUACCACGGAUCAACUGGCCGACGGUGAUGCGGAUGCUCAGACGGAAAGUGACCGUCGCGCGCUGCGGGCUAGCGAGGCGCUCCUCCAAGCUGUCUUACGCAGGGCUGUCUCUAACGACGUGGAAGCUACAUGA